AUGAAUUAGUUAUCAACUUAAAUAGGCAAGAAUUUCAUCUUGCAUUUUAGAUCAAAAACAUUUUGGCUUAAUCUUUAUAUUCCAAUUCUAUGCAUAAUGGUGUGUUGCUUAAUAUAAGAUUAUCUAAUAGUAUAUUUACUACCAAUCUUUAUUUGUUUAAACAGCAAUGGUGUUCUCAGGGAAACUAUUCAAUUAAUUGUAAAAGAGAGAUCUAAUAAAUCGAAAGAUAUUUAAUUAUAAUAGGGUUUAAACCCAAUUUCAUAUUAUGCUUCUUGGAUUAUUACUACUGUUACAUUAACUUUUAUUAUUUCAGUCAUAUUCUUUGUUCCUUUCUUUAUAAUGAGAUUAAAUACAGCAGGCUUAGCAUCAGUCAAUGUUUAUAUUUUUAUUUAAGGAGAUAUUAUGUACACUAUUGCAAUAUCAGCUUUCAUGCUCUUUUUAAGUAUUUUUUUCUCAAAUCCACUUAAAGCUAGUGAAAUUUUAAGCCUUUUAAAUCUCAUAUUUUCAUUUGCAUCAUAUGUUAACUUUUAUCCAUAUGCUGAAUAUUCAUUUUUUGGUUAAUUACCUGCUAUUUUUUUGCCUUAAUCAGCAUUUUAAAUGCUUCUAUUCAGCUAAAAUUGGAUUUUCAAUGAACCAUCAGCAUGUUUGAGUUAAACAUCAUAUUUUCUAUUUUUAUUUUUCUAAAUUAUUAUCUACUUCAUUUGUUUUGUCUAUUUUGAUUAAAUUUAGAAAAUUUUAAAGACAAGAAUUUGUAAUAAAUGCAAAAAAUAAGAUCAAAUACAUAUUUAACUUGAAGAGGAAUCAUGUGAUACAAAUACAGGGAAUCCAAAUUAAUAACUAUAGAGACCAUUUUUAAAUAUAUAUUAAUAAGAUUUUGAAAUUUAGGGUUAAUCAAUAAUUAAGAUAGAAAAUCUAAGUUAUUAAAUUAGGGAUUAACCUAUUAUUAAAACUGUAAAUUUGGAUGUUUAUUAAAAUGAGACAUAUUGUUUACUUGGAGCUAAAGGUUCAGGUAAGACAUCAUUGAUAAGCAUACUUUAAGGAUUCACUUAAAAAACUUCUGGAACUGUAAAAAUAUUCGGAUAAGAGAUUGAUAAAAAUGGAUAAAAAUAAAUUGGUCUAUGUUUGUAAAAGGAUAUUUUAUAUAGUGAUUUAACUGUUUUAGAACAUCUUUAAUUAUAUGGAAUUACAAAAGGGAUAUCUAAAGUCGAAUUAGAAGGAUAAAUUAAUGAUAUAUUAAAUAUCUGUUAAUUAAUUGGAGAAACCAAUUUAAAAGCUCGUUAAUUAAAUAAUUUAAAUUCUAAAAAAUUAUAAUUAGCUAUUUCUUUAAUUGGAAAUCCUUUAGUAUUAUUUUAUGAUGAACCAAGUUAAGACUUGGAUUCUGUUGGAAGAUAAUAGAUUUUGUAAAUCAUUAGAUAAAUUCGAUUAAAUAGAACAAUAAUCUUUACUAGCUUGCUUUUUGAGGAAGCUGAAAUGUUAGCUAAUAGAAUUGGAAUCUUAAUAAAUGGUAAAAUAGUGGCAUAAGGUACUCCGGACUUUAUCAAAAAUAAUUUUGGAAUAGGUUAUAAUUUGAUUAUGGAAUUUACAGAUGAAAACUAAUUGAUAAUUGAAAAACCAAAGAUUCAAUAACAACUAUAAUAAAUUGAUAGUUUUAUUUAAGCAAUCUAACGUAAUCCAAAAACUCUUUUUUGUGUUUUACCAACAAAUAAAAUCGAUUAAUUUCAUUAAAUAUUCUAUUAUUUGGAGCAGAAUUCAAAGUGCGUUUUUCAAUUAAAGUAAAAUUGUUUAGAAGAUAUUUAUAAGACAAUGGAUUAGACAGAAAGCUAAGAAAAUCUUGAUUUGAAUACUUAAACAAUAUUUUAAUAAUAACCCUAGAUUUAAAUCUCAUAGUAAAUUAAAAGUUUGAUGAUGAGAAAAAUAAUGUUACUAACUGAAAAAGAGAAAUAAUUUAAAUAUAUGUUAUUGUAUUUUUUGAUUACAUUAGCUGUGAUGUUUGGCAUGUUUUCAUCUUUUCGAUUUGUAUUAUUUUAUUUAGGAAUAAAGGCAAUAACAUGCAUUUUAUUUACUGAUUAUGAAUUUGAGGAUAAGAAUACUUAAAUGAAAUAGUUUCUUUUAGCUAAUGGUGUUUCUAUUCGAACAUAUUGGAUAGGUAGUUUAUUAGGAGAUUUAAUAAUUUCAUUUUUUGAAGGUGUUUUUACUGCAAGUUUAUUAUGGAUUUAUAAUGUUGGCCAUUUUGCAUUUUAUUACUUUAGUGUAAUAUUGUUAAUAACUAUUUUUGGAUUUAGUUUAAGUUGUCAUUCCAAUUUUUUAAUGCACAGCAAUUAAAAAAAAUCUGUAAGUGUUGGAAUAUCUUUUUUAAGUUUAUUUGUUUUUUAUACGUUAUUUUUGGUGUUUAUAGUAAUUUUCAUUUAACCAGGAUAAUCUGCAAGUUUAUCUCUUAUAGCAAUGUUAUUAAUGAUAAUUUCACCCUACAUGGCUUGCUUUAUAGGGUUUGGAAUGAGUCCAAGUUUAUUAAAUUAUGCUAUUUUUGGAUAUUGGUCUUGCUUAUUCUUUUUAUUACUUGGUGGAGGUUUAUAUUUCUUAAUUUUAAUUUCUUAAGAAUAGAAGAAGUUUAAAAAAAUUGAAUAAGAAAUGCAUGAUACAAAUGCUAUUGUUGAUAUAAAAGAUGUAUAAUGGAAAUAUGGAUAUAUAACAACCUAAUAAAAGAUAACAAUGUAGAUUAACAAAUAAGAAAUUUUUGGAUUAGUGGGACCUAAAAAUGCAGGAAAAUCUGAAUUCAUUAAUUUAAUCAAUAAAUAUAAUUAGCCUUUUAAUGGAAACAUUAGAAUAAGAGAUUAAAAUAAUUAAAUUGGAAUAAUGCCUUAAUUUUCAAUAUUUAAAUCUAAAUUUACUGUAUAAUAAAUAUUAGAAUUCUUUGGUAAAAUUAAAGGAUAAUAAAAUCUUCAUUAAUGUAUUGAAAUAUUUUUAAGAGCUUUUGAUAUUUUUGAAAUUCGAUAAAAACAAAUACAAUAUUUGAAUGAAAUAGAAUCUAAGAAGCUUUAUCUAGGGUUGGCUUUAAUUGGAGGAUCUAAUAGAUUGUUUUUAGAUGAAGCAUUUUAAGGAUUAGAUUCAAAAUCAAAAAGAAAAUUUUCUUAAAUUAUUUAAUAAACUGCUAUUAAUAAUGAAGCUGCUAUUCUACUUACAUCUUAAUCCAUUUAAGAUGUUUAAACUAUUUGCAAUAAAAUUGGAAUAUUUAUUAAUGGAGUUAUUAUUGCUUAAGGGACAAUUAAUGAAUUGAAAGAAUAACUUGGAAAUCUUGCUAGAUUUAGUGUAAGAUGUUAAAUUGGAAGUAGAGAAUAAGCUCAUGCUGUUAUUUGCUAGACAUUAUAAUAAUUUUAAUUUACGAUCUAACCAAUCUUUGAUGCAAGAGAAAAGUAAAUAUGUAUUAUAUUUUAAUAGUUUUUUAUCAUAUAUGAUACCGGCUUAAUAAUUCAAAUUGUCUAGUCUAUUCUCAUUUUUGUAAUUAGAGCUCAAAUAAAAAUAUUAAUUAAUUACAGAUUUCAAUAUCUAUUAACCAAACCUAGAAGAAACCUUUGAAUAUUUUGCCUCUUAAUAGAUGAUGGUCUUAAAACCUAAUAUAUUUUUUAAUUCAAAUUUUUUAGAAGAUCUUCAUUUUGGGUGUGGACUUCGAACAGUGAUGGGUUUGUUCUUCAUUUUCUGGUGAUUUAUUAUUUAAUUCCAAUUUUAAUUAUUAUUUACAAAUUAUUAUUACAUUUUUUUUUAAAUCGAAAUUAUUUUUAUUAUAACUACACAGUAAAGAACCAAUAUAAAACAUUGAAUUAUUAUAUAACAACUAUAAAUUUAUUCUGACAUAAGAUGUCACAUAUCAUUAAUUCAUUUAGAAGGAUUUCCUAAAGAAAGAUUUACAUUUUGGAGAAUAAUCAAAAUCUAAAAAUUUAAAAAGAAAAUUCAAUGAAAAUAAAAAAAUUGUCCUUUUCUAUCUUGAUUUAACUCAGAUGUUUUAUCAUUAAGUAUUAAAAAUUGAUCCUUAUUUCAAGAAUACACUGUAAAAUUGUAAAAAUAAUAAUCAAAUUCAAAACUAUAGCUAUAUUAAUAAUAAUCCAGUAGAUUCUUUAUUUAUUUAGAAGAUAUCAUAAGGAGUCACUAUGCUUAUAUUAAAAUUAAUGAUAAAUUGAUUAGACCUCACAUUAUAGCUCAUAGCUUAGCAAUCACAAUUUUAUAAUGAUUAGAUUUUANAAAAUUUUCUUAAAUUAUUUAAUAAACUGCUAUUAAUAAUGAAGCUGCUAUUCUACUUACAUCUUAAUCCAUUUAAGAUGUUUAAACUAUUUGCAAUAAAAUUGGAAUAUUUAUUAAUGGAGUUAUUAUUGCUUAAGGGACAAUUAAUGAAUUGAAAGAAUAACUUGGAAAUCUUGCUAGAUUUAGUGUAAGAUGUUAAAUUGGAAGUAGAGAAUAAGCUCAUGCUGUUAUUUGCUAGACAUUAUAAUAAUUUUAAUUUACGAUCUAACCAAUCUUUGAUGCAAGAGAAAAGUAAAUAUGUAUUAUAUUUUAAUAGUUUUUUAUCAUAUAUGAUACCGGCUUAAUAAUUCAAAUUGUCUAGUCUAUUCUCAUUUUUGUAAUUAGAGCUCAAAUAAAAAUAUUAAUUAAUUACAGAUUUCAAUAUCUAUUAACCAAACCUAGAAGAAACCUUUGAAUAUUUUGCCUCUUAAUAGAUGAUGGUCUUAAAACCUAAUAUAUUUUUUAAUUCAAAUUUUUUAGAAGAUCUUCAUUUUGGGUGUGGACUUCGAACAGUGAUGGGUUUGUUCUUCAUUUUCUGGUGA